CGAAAGAGUUGCUGCGGAGUAGGUGGGGACAGGCUGGUUCGUUGGGUGCGAUCUCCUUCCUGUUUGCCUUCGUUUCCUCUGCCGAGGAGAGGCUAUGACGGCUGCUUUUGCUGGAGCGGCGAGGAUCAUGCCGUGUGGUAUGGCGAACAGUUUGGGGCUUGCAGCACGUGCAAAGAGAUGAAGGGCAGGCAAGAGGAAGAGGAGCCGGGCGCUUCUGCCGCUGCUCCUUCCCCUUCUCCUCUGCCCAAGCUGUUUUCUGCCCUCUUCUAUGGGAUCUGCUCUUUCUUCAUCGUCCUGGUAAACAAGACAGUGCUGACUGCUUACAGAUUUCCAUCUCCAUUGUUUCUUGGAGUAGGACAGAUGAUAACCACUAUUCUGAUCUUAUAUGUGUCAAAAUUAAAUAAAAUCAUUCACUUCCCUGAUUUUGAUAAAAGUAUACCUAGGAAGCUGUUUCCACUUCCUCUGAUUUAUGUUGGGAAUCACAUAAGUGGAUUAUCAAGCACAAGCAAGUUAAGUUUGCCGAUGUUUACAGUCCUUCGGAAAUUUACCAUUCCUCUUACAUUACUGCUGGAAGUUCUGGUACUUGGCAUCAGACAUUGCCACAAGCAAGAUGUUAGAGCUGCAACACUGUGCAUACUUGCAUAUGAGAAGCGUUAUCCAUUGAGCAUUAUAAUUAGUGUGGCUGCAAUCAUCCUUGGGGCUUUCAUAGCAGCAGGAUCAGAUCUAGCUUUCAGCUUGGAAGGCUAUGUUUCUGUGUUGCUGAAUGAUCUCUUCACAGCAGCAAAUGGUGUUUACACAAAGCAAAAAAUUGACCCGAAGGAGCUGGGAAAAUAUGGAGUCAUUUUUUAUAAUGCCUGUUUUAUGAUAAUCCCUGCAGUUAUCAUAAGCUUCUUCACUGGAGACUUACAGCAGGCCACCGGUUUCAAGCAAUGGACAAAUGUAUUAUUUCUCCUACAGUUUCUUCUUUCCUGUGUAUUGGGGUUUCUUCUGAUGUAUUCUACAGUCCUCUGCUGCCAUUAUAAUUCUGCCCUCACAACCACAGUGGUUGGUGCUAUAAAGAAUGUCUCCAUUGCUUAUAUUGGAAUGCUGGUUGGUGGAGACUAUAUCUUUUCUCUGUUGAACUUCAUAGGACUCAAUAUCUGCAUGGCAGGAGGACUGAGAUACUCAUUUCUAACAAUACGGGGACCUGACAAUCCUAAGAACUCCACAGAUGAAGAAAAAGCAAUGCCAGGUGCCAAGAGCUAGCAGAAGCAGAAGACAUGAGAAGCUGUAAGGAUGUGGGCUCUUGAAACACAUGCAGAAAUAGCUAUGGAAUGAAAAUUCUACCUUAUCUCGCACUGCAGGCCAUGGCAUCCUUGUAAGCCAAACCAUGAUAUUAGAAAGCAGUAGAUAGCAGACAUGUUUGAUUAUUUAUGUACCAAGACUAAUUGCAGUGAGUGGAUGGAUGGCGGACACGAGUUUGAGUAAUUCUUUGUUCCUUCCAUUGAAAAUCCUUGUGCUUGGUCAAAUCCAGUGAUCCUUACUCAAUUUUAUAUUAACAAGGCUUCCAUCCCAAUACUGUGGGUGUUGUUUCGCCAUUUCCCUAGACUGUGGAUGUGGACCCCUAGGUAAAAUCAUUACUUAAAUUUUGAAAAUGAUUCACUAGCUCCAGAAGAUGGGUACAGACUGUAAAAUAUUGUUCCAUUAACAGCCUUACAUGUGCGGCCCUUGCUUAAGAACUCAGGGACACACAUCUCCUCUCCAUGCUUAUAUCUAGCUUUCUCAGUUCUGAGCUUUAAUGGUGUGGAUUACAUUGUGUUGGCUGAUCUGUUGGCCAGUUGAUGUAUGGAUUGUCCUGCCUCAGGGCAGAUCAUAGGCCUAGAUAUCCUUUUGGCUCUCCCCAGUUCUAUGAUGCUGCCACUGAAAGGGCAAGAAAUCUGUCAUCUACAAAGGCAGAGACUGUUCCUCCUGCAUCAACCCCAGCACCAUCAAGAAAUUAGCCAUUUGACUGCACAAUUUACUAUGAUCUCAUGAAUGCCCCCACUAGCUUUGUGGGUGCACAGGGCUCCAGUGUGAUUUGCGGCUACUAGAUGCGUUGGAUUGUCUGGGGACUGAAUGCACUGAACGAGCACAUUUGAUGCCAAAUAUGUGAUGCACUGAAUAAGCACAUCUGAUACUAAAUAUGUGUUGUGCCUCUGUGCCUUAAAGAAGAACUACAGGUUAGUGCUCACUGGCUUGGAUCCUGACUUCCGUGACUGAAAUUCUGCUUUUGUAACAGAGCUUUCCCACCUACCCCUUCCAGCUGAGCUUCUUGCAGCCCCUGAAAAGCCACUCAUUAGGGUUGAGGAACAAUCUGGAAUGACAUAGGAAAGGGCUGGAAAGGAUGGGGAGGAUCAGUGAAAAUAGGGGACACCCCCCUCCCACAAGAGCAGAAACACUUUCCAGUUGUGCUCCAAGCCAGUGUUUUUUGAAGAAGGGAUUUCCUUCUUCUUGUGCUGGUUUUGUUUGUUUAAUACUCCUAUUGAAACUAUUGUCUUCAGCGAGAUCAAAACCUGUUUCCAUAAUCUAUUGCUAUGCCCCCACAGUGGAAUCAUUCAGACUUUUGCUGCUGGAUUAACUGGAGAGAACACCAACAGAGCAUGAAGCACUACAAAAACUGCAGUGCAGUGCAGUGCAAAGUUCUGUGAAAUAAUAUCUCCAGGCACCUUUUCCCUUUAAAAUUGCAACACAGACGAUAGCUGGAAUACAGAGGUGCAGAGCGUUCACAGCAAGGAGCACAAAGUGGUAACACAGGUGCAGGCAGGGCCUAAAAUGACUGCUAAAACCUCAGUCUGAGUCACUUGGCUUUUGCUUAACCUCAAGCCAGGGGGCCAAAUGUCCAUAUCUCUCUCUCUGGUCCUUGCGAUGCUGCCCAGGCUACACCCCCUUCACCAUCAAAUGAGUCAAGUAGGUUCGAAUAUUCCUCUCCCAUUUGGUGAAAUCUUGGGAAACUUUUUUUAUUCUUUUGUUCAACUACUUCCCCCCCCCAAAAAAACCCCUACAUUUGGAGCUUUGAAUAGAUUGCAGACUAAGGCAGCAGAAGAUAUUGGAAUGUUUUUCAUUCAUAUAUGGAAAGCAAUCAAGUCUUUAAUAUCUUUUGCUAGCUGCCCUGCACAAUGCAAAUGCAUUGGAAGGAGACACUAUGAAAAAUUCUAAUUACAUUAAUUUUGUGGCACAUUCUGUCUAGAAAAAUGGAAAUAUCCGUAAAUAUGAAAACACCUAGCUCUAUUUCUGUAAUGGGUUACCUUUUUGUAAGUCAUGGAAACAGCAUUAUAAACAGAACUAAUUCUAAGUUGUUCAUAAUCUGUAAUUAAAAUGCCAAUGCCCUUUAUGGCUUUUCUGUAAUACUAUAAAAACAACAAUAAAAGGAAUAAGAUCUAUACCUACAUAAAACACCAGAUAAUUUUCUUUAAAAAGAAAAAUCUAAGAAGUUUACUGUAUCAGUUAUAUAGCAUUCAGGUAACAAAUGCAUUUCACGCACACACUCAGAUACUUAAAAUGGCAGUCAUAACUCACAAGCAGAGCACAUGCUUGAUGUAAAGGUUCAAUCUGACAUUCUCAAUUAAAAAAGAAAAAAAAUGGAUGUAAAAGGUCUGGGAGGCCCAGAAGAAACUGCUGCCAGUCAAAAUAGACAACACCAGACUAGACAGGCCUAUUUAUGGCACCUUCAUAUGUACUCCUCUAUUUGCUCUGUGAUUUCACUUAUAUUCUGAUCAAAACACUACAUUCUGAAUAAUGUAUGUUAGCCUUAGUAUUUUUUAUAAUGCUACAUCCUUUCCUGCAGAAGGCUGGCCUACCUACAGCCAUCCAUGCUGUAGUAACAUUCAGAUUAGACUUUUGUAAUGCACCUUGUGUAGGGUUGUCACUGAAGAUGUUUGGAAACUUCAACUAGUUUAGAAUGUGACUGCCAGCCUUUUGACUAGAUUGGUCAAUCGGAGCAUAUCAUUGGUACUAUUCCAUCUCUGCUGCCUUCCACUUUUUUUCUGAACCCAAUUCACAGUGUUAGUGUUUACCUUUAAGGUUAAAAACUAGCCAUUUGGACUGGGCUCAGAAAGCCCUAAACUUUCUGGGGCUGGGGUACCUUAAGGAUUGCCUUCUGUCUGUGCCUACACAUAGAAGCCUCCCUCGGGGGUUACCAAACUGUAACAAGCUAAUGAUCCACAAGCUUCAUUCAGGUAGUCCACAAUGUGUCUGUAAAAAUACAAUUAAAAAUCAUAUGGCAUCUAGCACAGUGCAUUGCAAUUGCUACAACAGGUAGAAAGAUCAUUAAAUGGUCCACCAAGACCUUUUGUCCUGGGUUGUCGCUGGCAUUACCAAGAAGCUCUGUGCAGAUUACACAACCUAUGAUCUCAUGAGUGCGCCCAUUAGACUUAUGGCCACACAAAGUUCCAUUGUGAUCCGCAGCCACCUGGUGCAUUGGACUGUCUAAGGCUUCCGCACACUGAAUAAGCACCUACCACUGAAUAAGCACCUACUUACCCCCACCCCAAAAUGCUGUGCCUUAAGUACAGGCUUGUGCUCAGUAUGUUUGUGUUCGGGAUAACCUUCUUAUUGUGCCAAGUUUCUUUGUGUGAUUCUCCCAGCAGAGCUAUUCGCUUCAGUGAUAUUGGAUCCUUCUUUUGUACUGUGGACCUUUUCUUUCUGCUGCAGCUGUGUUGGACAUCCUAAACAGCC